AAACCUCAGCCUGGGGCUGUAGUUUUGAAGCUAAGAGGAUGCCACCUGAACUCCUACCUGUGGGAAACCCUUUAGUGAUGCCCUGUGACAGUGGGUGUGAUACUGGGCCUAACACUGCCUACUUAAGAUCCCCGUUGUCAACAAGGAGGAGGACAUGAAGAAGAUGGAGAACAUGGGGCAUGGUGCACAAAUUACUGAAUGACCAAGACUCUCCUGAGCCCCUUCACUGCAAAAAUUGAAAGACACUGCAACUUGGGGCUAAGGACGUUCAUUAUUAAGGUUGUGUUUCUCUUUACUCAUGCAGUUUGGAGCUAAGACAGUUUCUUUCUAAGGUUGUGUUGGUCUUCACGCUCCCAGGUGUGUGUUGCUCUAAGUCUGUGUGUGCUUUUGGGCAUUUCUUUCUAACCAGGCAUGAGCAAGGUGGGGGAGGCAUUUAGCACCGGUGUGCUUCCCUGUGGAGUCCCGGCUGGGGGUUGUUUCCCCUUUUCAAAGCCUUUGAGUCUUGUGGAAGGGAAGUGCAGUGAGCAGGAUGUGCUGCGCUGUUGUAUUGGGGUUAAUGUUAAUGUCUGGCUUGUUUCUGCUGGAAAUUGCAAAAUCUUUCCUGUGGAAGGAGCAGGGAGUUUGGCCCUUCGUGUGCAUAUAGACUGUUAUAUAUUUAAAUGGAGAGAAGACUUAGGAGGCACGUGAAACACCGGAACAAAACAGACGAGGAGGCAGGAAUCAUAUAUUUCAAAGCUGGUUUUCCACAGACUGCUAUGCAGUGUUUUUAUUUUUUUUUAAUUUUUAAAUUCCUGUAACUCUUAAUUCCACUUCUUUCUCUCUGUCUGUGUUUACAUAUUUACACUAGGAGGGGAAAAACUCCCUCUUUUUCUUUUUCUGGGUGGAUGAGGGGAAGUGCAAGAGAAACCAAGUGCCUGAAUUGAAAAAUCAAUUAUUUAUUCUGUCUAACAAAGUUUAAAGAGCUAUAGACACAGACAGUUGACAUUAAACUCUACCUACCCACUACAGCUCCCGUCUGCCUUUCCACCUCCCCCCCUUUCCCCUCCGAAAUGGAAGAAAACACCUAUCCCGAGAUCAGAGGAGAUCACUCCUGGGAAGAAGAGACGACCCUGAGACAGGGGCACAGCUCGCAGCCUCCCCGUACCCCGCCUGGCCAUGUAGGUCCAACACCCGCAUCUUUCACAGCCUCCCCGAAAUCCAACUCGCCCCUCUGGGUGCCGGCAGCCCUGAGAGCAGCUGGAGCGCAGGAUGGAGCAGGACGCCUAAAAACUUCGUUCUGCAGAGAGACCUCUAGUGUUUUUCUUUCUCCAUGUCCUGGCAGAGUUCCUCCAAAGUACAAAUACACACAGAGCUCCCAUUGUUUGCAGCCCUUCACAAGCCCACUGAUCCUAAUAUGGAAUUCAGCAGGAAACCCAUGAUUUCCUGACACACAGCAAGCUGGAGAAAGAAAGGAAAAACUCCAUUAAAAACCUCCAGGCUCUCCUCCAUGUUAGAAAUGAAAUGGAAAAUGGAGUGGAUUUAACAGGAAUCCCUGAUUCCUGUGGCCAAGCUGGAGGAAGAGAGACACGAAUCAAAGCUGCAGGCUGCUGAUAUUUUUGAAGUCGCAAUAAAUACUGAGAACUCCGGGGCAGGAUGAAGAUUUCCUGACUCGGACGAACGAGAAAGGACAGAUCGCUUUUUUAUGAUAUUCUUUUCUAUAUAUUUAAUUUAUUCACCUCGAUGAUUCUCUUGACUGAUCUGGUAAUUGUUAGAAGCGGCUGUGGCAGCCUGGAAACAUUAGUAUGAUUUCCUGAGUUUGAGAUUUGCUGCCCCCCCCCCCCCCCCCCCCAAACUCAGGAAAAGUCAAUACAAUCGCACUUCAUUUUUCCUUCAUGUGCACUUGGAAGUCCUGGGAGCAGCAAGAGCAGCGGCAGCGGCGGCAGCAGCAAGAAUGAACUGCAAGGAAGAAGAUGACAACUGCACUGACGGGAGCAGCAAUAACACGAAGAAGAUGUUAAAAUGCGUGGUGGUUGGGGAUGGUGCAGUUGGGAAAACCUGUUUGCUGAUGAGUUAUGCCAAUGAUGCCUUCCCAGAGGAGUAUGUCCCCACUGUUUUUGACCACUAUGCAGUAACUGUGACUGUGGGAGGACAACAACACUUGCUGGGACUUUAUGACACUGCAGGGCAGGAGGACUACAACCAGCUGAGACCCCUGUCCUACCCCAACACGGACGUGUUCUUGAUCUGCUUCUCAGUGGUGAACCCCGCCUCGUACCACAACGUCCAGGAGGAGUGGGUGCCCGAGCUCAAAGUCUGCAUGCCCAACGUGCCUUAUGUCCUCAUAGGAACACAGAUUGAUCUCCGGGAUGAUCCCAAAACUUUGGCUCGGCUGCUUUACAUGAAAGAGAAACCACUCACCUACGAGCACGGAGUGAAGCUAGCAAAGGAGAUCGGAGCACAGUGUUAUCUGGAGUGCUCAGCCCUCACGCAGAAAGGCCUUAAGACUGUCUUCGAUGAAGCAAUCCUGACCAUUUUCCACCCCAAGAAGAAGAAGAAGCGUUGUGCAAAGUGCCACAGCUGCUGCACCCUGGUGUGAAGUCCCUUGGAAAGAAAAACGAGAUGAGUUCAAUGAAACCAAGCAGGUUAGAAAGGCAAUGAAGGUCACAUGCAACUGAAAUGGGGAACAUGACCAGAAAGGGGUCCUUCUUACCCAAAUAUAGGAGCCCUCCGUUCUGUGAAACCUCCAAGCUGUAUCACACUAGGCCAACUCAUGUCUAUGUACUUUCCUAACCCUCCAGAGCUGUAUGCAGCCUGUUCCUACUACUGCAGACUGCACUGAACCAACAGAAACCAGGAUGCCUGCUCCUGCUUGACUCCUCACCUUAGGAAUAAGGUGAAGGUGCCAUGUGGAAAAACAAAGAACUAAAGGUAGUAAAAGAAACAAGUGAAACUCCAUUUGUGGCCUUAAGCAAGAAUUGAUCAAAAUUAGGAAUUUGCAGUACUUAGGAAUUGAAUCUGAACUGACUGAAAGCACAUGGAGAUCUGUAGAAAUCUAAUAUGUAAGAUAUACACUAUAGGUAGGAUAUACUUUUAAAUUACUUUUCUUUUCUAAGACUCGCUAGUUCAGGAUAUACUUUAGUUUGUUCAAACCACAUGGAAGCAAAGGUGGAGUGAUUCCAGUUUUUCACUUAAUGGUGAAACUUCACAGCAUCAGGAUGUUGCUGCACCCAAGCUAUCAAAAUGGAUCAACAUUUACCUCCAGACUUAAGGAAUGUUCUUACAACAAAAAAAUGCAAAUAACUGUAUUUUUACAGGAGAAUGUUCAGGCUGAGCCAUGUUUCCAUAAGCUGGGAAAGGAAGAACAGAGUUGUAGCACUAAUGUACUGAAACAAAGAAAUUCUGCCACCAAAGAAUAUUGCCCUAGACAUGAAAUAGCAGCACGGAACAAUCUCCCUUCCAAACUGAGAACAUGAACGAGAGACAUUGCCAUGGCAACUGAAAAUUUACCUUAUAGAUCAGCUGGAUUUCUACAUCUCACCCAGCAGACAAAAAUAGCAAAAACCAAAAAGCCAAAGGUCAUACUCACUUCAAGUGCUUUAAGGUGGUCCAAUUGCCUUAAGAUUAUUUUUUUCAUGGGGUAUCUCAUGUAAAAACACUCACCAAAGUGGAGUUGGAAACAUGUUGAUUUACUGUAGUCUCCCUCCUCCCAUUCACUACUUUCUUUGCUCCCAUUUUUCCAUCUUCAUUACUGUGAGUGAUGUUUAAGUUGCAGCAUGGCUGCAGUCCUGGGGGGUGAACUUUCACACAACUCGCAGAUGAUGGGCUACAGCAGACAGCACAGAGAUGGGAAUUCCAGACCUUAAGGGAAGGGAAGCUGCCUGUUAGCUCUCCUUGCUGUUGAAGAAAGCGUGCCUUUUCACUAAAGCCUCUCCAGGGAGCCUGUACUUUUGCACAUCACAGCAACACAGAUGCUCAGAGGUGAACUCGAAGGGCGUCUUGUUACUUGCAUCUGCCUUCGGGUACCCUGGCAAUGCCACGAGACUGUCUUGUAACAGAUUUCAUUCCCCAAGCAGAAAAUCACAGUGCCAGCAAAUAUAGAUUUGAAGACCUCCGCUGUAACUCCUCACAAAAGCAGUGUCUGUAGUCAGUGUUUCCAGAAGUGCUAGGCAUAAGCAAGUAACGGCAGUGCACCCUCCCAGCCCAGGGACACGUGCCCUGCACCCCCCCGUACCCCACUCCAGGGAACUGCCAGCCCACUCCUCUUCAGAAGCACAGCAGCAUGGCUGAGUACACACAUGCAACCAGAAAAACUCAUGAUUAGUGGUGAAUUAUAGGCCUGGUGUUACUCAGAGCAAUUAGGGACUUCAGCAGGACUAUAGGAACUGCACCCUUGGGCAGAGAAGGGAACAAGCAUGAUGCAGUGCCCAAUCCUGCAGUCACUGAGGCUUAUGGAUCCCAGCUCCUCCUUUAGCACAAAUUCAGUUUACCAUGGACGCCUACAGAAACCAGCUCCGACACCCCAAAAUGUUUCCAGGUAGAAAUCAACAGUUCUCUCUGACAAAAGCAAUCAAAUUCGAGGCGAACGCCCUGUUGCUGUUGCCCAACCAGCUUUCACUCACCAUCUCUUUCCCGCUGCACACAAGCAUGGAUGAAAAUGAAGUUGUGCUAAAUCAAAGACAGACAAAAGGAAGAUUUCUUCACUGCUGGCAUUCUUUGCUCGUAUUUUAUAUUUCGUUUUAUUAUGUCCCAGACAUUUGCUUCAAAUGGACUGGCCGAUAAAGCACAGCUCAGAGGGAGGACAGUGCUGAAGCCCCGUGAAGGAGUUCAUGUCGUGCCGCAGAGGCUGUGCUGCUGUCCCCAGGCGAGCAGUGAGUAUUCGCACAUCUGGGACACUGGCAAUCAGCUGAACUAUAAUGUGUAAAGAGGUAUUAGGGGAGUAUGAGGAAAACUAGGAGUGGAUUAAAUAAAGAAAUAUUUAGGUAAUGUUUGUUGGCUUACAACAUGACUAGAAGGCCACUGAAACAAACAAACAAAAAGCUUUCAACAGAUUUCAGAGAAAAUUAGACCUUCACUGUGCUGCCAUUUACUUCAGUGGAAAUAAAAUAGGAUGAUUACUUAGUUUUAGCUCACGUAGGUUGCUGUAGAGCGCUAGCCUAUAUACAAGUCUCUGGUUAAAGUAAGUGAAGUCUGUUUUAGCUGAAGCGCAGUGCAAACACUCAGGUUGGAGCUGCCAGAUAUUCUUAGAGCUUCACAAAAUACACAGGAAAUAGAAAACCAGACUGACAGCUGAGCUUAUCAUAAAAUAAUGAGCACACUGGAAAAGUGCAGUAUAGCAUUCCCGGCAUGCCUCAGAGAAAGCCACAAAUAAUAAAAUGAUAUUUUUGUGUGCCACCGCGUAUCAGGGGUGUCUACUAAUACUAAUGGGAUGGCAUAGGAUAGGCAUAUAAAAUCAUAAAUCAAAUAGGAAGUUGUGGCAUUAACAUAAAUGCAGUGGUUUGAGGAAAAUUAACUAAAAAAUAUAUGGUGAUGUAGAAGCUAAAAUGCUACUGUCCUAAUGUAUUCAACUGCAGCACCUUGCACAAAUUACUGCAUAGCAGCAAAAGCAGAUAGAAAAUUAUUCAUAUGCAUACAAAAAAUGUUAAGACUAACCAGGGUUUUAUCUGCACUUACAAAACCAAGGACAUCACAUUAAUGAGGCAGUAAAAUUUCAAGUUUUUCAAGCUGAUUGUGUCCAAAAUUUGACAACUGGGAGCUGCAAGGGAGGGUGGUCACAAUCCACUGAGAAAUGGCCCCUGCACUCCAUUUGUUUUUAAUUUCUCUUCCAACAAAAAUAAAUGUUUUAAAAAUAGCCAUGGUGAAUGCAGGUCCCAUAAACAUUAUUCCUGUGUUAGGUUAUGUACACACACUUAUCCAUGCAAUAUGGCACUUACUCAAGGAUCUGCCCUGUUACACUAUUAUUUUGGGGAGGCAGGAAUAGCACAGGCCAAUAGGCUUUAGAAAGGGAUUGUAGGCAGAUGUAAGGAGAGUCAUUGAUUAUCUGGCAAGUCAUACCUAAUACCUUUUCUAAAAGCCAGCAGAUGGUGUGUGAACAGUCAGCAAAGCUUACUUUCAGAAAUAUCAAAACACCAGACACAGUGCAAGCACAGGCAUAAGGCAACAGAUAUAAACUUCGAGUUAUUUUCAAGGACCAUUAGUAACAAGAAAGGAAAAUCAAUAAAGGAUUGCCAGGUGAAAGGAGAUGGGGUUUCUCACUGUAAGAUGAGCUAGAAAUCAGACCCCAAUUUCACCUUCAAAGGAACAUGGUUAGGAGAGUCGUAAAGGCUAUAAACCAUCCCAGGAACCUAUUUGACAAUGUCCUCCUAAUGCAACUGACGUCAAAACCUUUCCUGACAGAGCUGCUUUUGCUAAUAUUCUGCUAUCAUUUCAAAAGCACUCACAGCUUACAAGAAAUCUGCCAGAUCCUGUAAAACCCAUCUCCUUUGGCCUCUUCUGAAACCUUAAUGUUCUACGAGGAGUUGUUAACCUGCAGUUGUAGUUUCAGAGUUCCCAAAGGGUUUUCAUGCAAACUCUUGCAAGGACAUAUUAGAGAUAUUAGGUAUUAGAGAGAUAUCUCAAGACAUUAGAAAGUUGUUAUCACAUUAAAACAACCUACAGAUGCCUCUGCCCUUCAGAGUGCUGCUAAAACACCAGGCCAGUGGAACUGGGGCAAUCCUGUGCUAUAUCACCACUUCCAGCAGGACCUGAAGGAGGUCCCACAAAGACUCCCACAGUUUGUCCUGUGCCUCCCAUUGCUCAGAAAAGUUGAGGAGAAUGCAGAAACAAGGCUCUAACACCACACAGGUCCAUCCAGGAGCAUUUGUUCAACCGAGUAUAAGAAGUCCCAGGUACUUCUAUCAUCCAGGAGUGGUGGGGAGAAGUUCUCAAGAUGAGCUCCCCCUGGUUGUCCUAUGUACCAAAUGCUCCCAGACCUUCUCUCUCUGCCCUGUAAAUAUCUACUGUUACAGUAGUAUGUAGCUUAUGAAGAACAAACAACUACAAGCUCUUGCCUCGCAUUGCCUUGAAUUAGGCAUGAUGUGAAUCUUUCCCUUGAUUUCCACACAUGCUGGUCCUGAUGCAAAUCAUCUUCUUGCUGGUGGGAACUGCAGAAUUCACUCCGAGUCCAGCAUGACAAUCAAAACAAUCAUUUCAGCAGCUGUCAUUAAUCUUUCUCACCUUUUUUCUCUUUCAAAGCACUGCUUCAGUUCAAAAUAAACAGAAUUAAAUAUAGCGCUGCAUCUUAGUAUGCAAUAAAGUUAUUCCAAAUUCUUUUAUUAAGGGGCCAGAUUUUGGCAGUCUUCCUCAUACUGAAGAGCACCUUACUUCACAAGAAGUUGUCUCUAACUUCCUCAUGUCUCAUUCAGUCCCAAUGAUACCGUUCCUGUAAAUGAGGGAGGCUGAUUUAUGGCCAUUGGUGACCUGCCCUUGUAGUUAAUGUAUAAGAAAACCUCUUCUAGCUGCUCUAGUGCUCCAGUGGCCUGUGUUCCCCAAAAAGCAGUGAUUUCCCAUUCCCUGCACACUGUACAAAUCACCUGGUGUUCUGUCAUGCUCAGCACCACACUCUCUCUGGUAUCUGCCAUCUCUAAGGAACCAAGAAAUAAGUUGGGAAAGGAGACAAGCCUUGGGCAUACUGCUACACAAACCAAGCAGGACUCCCCCAGGAACAAUGACUGCAACGCAACUCUAGGCAAGUGGCUAAAAACCCACCCCAAGGGUGGGAAAAUCACUGUAGCAAACAGAGAGCAACAGGGAACAAACUUUUCCCUACCGGUGACUGUCUGUUGACAAGGAUGCAUGGGCUUCACUUCCCAUUGACAGCAAGCUGUCAAGAUCCCAUCCAAGAUAUUGUCCCAAGACUCCAGAGACCCAAUUUGAGAACCCUUUACGGGAGCUUGGAAAAGGUUGCAGAAGUUCUUGCAAACAAUUUCUAUUGCUGCCUCCCCUCAUCACACCCAGCUUCAUACACAGCAAGUCACGCAGUAGCCAAUUACACAAAUGAUAUGUGUCUAGCAGAUGUAUUUUCACCACGCAAGCUGCCAUGUCCUUAGAAAAAUGUCCCUCUAAUUCAGACAUGAAAGAUGCACGUUUGCUAACAUAGCUUGCUUACAGUCCCUGACCUUUUCUGUAGCUUUUUUUCCCAAGUGGCACAGCAAAUAAUACUUCUUGAUUCACCAUACUGAAACUUCAUCUGAAUUAAAAAUAAAUUGCAAUGGCAUCGAUCUGCCUCAAGCCAGGCUUGUUUAAAAGCACAUUUGUCUUCUCCAGCAAAGCAAUCAGCAUAUGCUCAUGUUGGCCCAGGAACCAUUUGUUCAGUAAACAGGUAGAAUGCAGGAAUCUGGCUGUACAUGCCUUUCUCCCUGUAUUUUCCUUUUCCCUGAAGAGGAUUUGUAAUGUGUUUUAUCCUACAUAAAAAAACAAAUCUGGAAAUAACAGCAUUUUCUUGGUUCACAACUCUAUAGGACUGGAGGAGCAUCUGCUGCGACAGGAGGUGAGCAUGGAGUGACCUACGUCAGAUAACUUCUAGACACAUUUGAGCUCUGUGUAAAAAUGAAGACAAAUCACUACUAUAAAUGUUUAUUUUCCUCUUAGUGAAUAAAGACCCUCUGAAAGCAGGAAAAAGCCUCCCACUGAUUUUGGUAGUGGCUUGUGAUGUCAGCUGUCUUCACGUAUCAAAACAAAACACGAAUAGAAAUAUUUUUGCAUUGAAAAAUUGGGACAAAAACACUGAUUGGAAGUAAUGAAUGCAAUAGAAUAGCAUCUACACUUCUGCUUUGGGGGAGAGCUGCAAAAUCAGGGCCCAGAGCCACAAUUAGUCUGUUUGAUCCUAAAACUUAAAUUUCAUUUUAAGAUGUUAAGGGGAUGCCCAUAACUAGGCUGAAAAAAAAUCUUUAAAUUGUCUUUUCUUUGUUUCAGUUAAAACUUUCAGAAACAUAUAAACAACAAUCUAUUUUUCCUGGGCAGUUCGAGGAAGCCCACCGGAAUAGCAAAAAGAGUCAGAACCUCAUUGUAAGAGGAAAAUGAGCUCACAAACCCAUAUACCACAGAGCAACAAGCAAAAAUCAUAUGAAUUGCUGUCAAUGGUGAAAAAUAACUUUAACUUUGAAAACACGUUAAUAAAAAUAGCUUUGAGCAUGCUCCCCACCCCCUUCCAGAAUGUGCAGACCAUAAUGCAGUGUUUGGCUGCUGCUUCUAACUGUAAUUUUAGGGUGGGAUUUUCAAAGGUGCUGUACGUUGGCUUCAUUUCAAUUCUCAUGAAGACAAUGGAAAAUUUCAAUGGGGUCCACACAUGACUAAUGUGGAAAGCAUUUGAAAGUCUUUACAUUUCCUCCUUUUCUGCCCUUUAUUGUGGCUGACCAAGCUUUGAGCACACAUAUACGCUGAGCCAGGUCCAAGAAACUUUUAUACCUUUUGGCUGCUGUUGUGGACUCCCGAAAGAAGUUAGGCAUCUGGAGACUUUGCUGAUCUGAUCUUUAGCUUGAGCUUUGGAGACGGAUUUGUAACUCUUCAUUUCAAUCACUACUGAGGUUGAGGAUGAAAAUGAUUACAUUAACAGUGUAAUAUUCAAGACAAAUGGGUAUCUUUGCUGAGUUUGACACUGCACUCACUGCUGUCACUUAAUUUCAUCUCAUCCAAUUCAGGAUGCCAGAUUUAAUUUUGCAUUUGGUUUUGCCAAAGAUCAGUUUGAGCUCUCGCUCAUGCCAACUCUGGUGAAUUUUGACUUUGAUUGGAGGUUAAUGAAUUCAGAGUAAACAGUUGUCACCAGUCUACAGUUUCCAGAUCUUCCAACAGAGCAGUUAUUUGUACUGAUAACAUGUAGAAAUUUUUGUCUAAUGUCUGUCAAAGUAGUUUGGGUGUAAGCUAUAUCCAUAGUAUGACUGUCAUAUCAUGUCUCCCAACACUUUUCCCCAAAAUAGGCAGCUGCUCUAACUGCAUUACAGAACUGGCAGGCACUGAACUGCCUUGUCAGUAUGGAGUAAAUGAGCCCAAACUUUCCCCAAACUUGUAAAUAUUAAUUCAGUAAUAAGCAAUAACAUAAAGCUGUGUGAAAGGGGAAAGACACUGGCAAGGUCUUCUUCCCCCAUGAGCAGAAGUGAUCCGAGGUGGUGAGCCCAGGUUGCCAGAUGGGAAACGCUACAGAGCAAGGCAUAGCAUGGUGUCCGUGCUGUCCCAGCAAGUACGGCGUGAGCCUGGCGCAAGGGCUCGGAGGUCCCUCCCCGGAGUCACACCAGGAUACCUGGGGCUCGGCAGCACGUUGAGACUGGCAGGGCUUCAAAGAAGGCUGCAGAGAGGAGCAGGGAGAUGGAUGUGAACUGUCCUCUAGUGCAAGGAUAACUGAAUCCAGUUUAACCUGUUAUGAUGUUGAUGCACUUGUCAAACACAAGCAUUUCACUGCAAAGAGAUUCUCUGCUCCUCUGAGAACACAAAGGCCAGAAAAUUUCUUUCCUUUCUUUUUGCGUAGUACUUCAGCAAUACUUAAAAGUAACAGUGCAACAAGUUAUUCUAACUGAGUUUGUGAAGCAGAUGUAAUGAUCUCAGCACAGAUCAGGACCUAACACAUCAUCGGUCAGUUCUUGGCAAGUUAAGAAAAAGUCAUUUACUUUACUUGAUGUGAGCAACUGAAUUUUUCUCUCUUAAAAGUUGCUGUGUGCAAUAUCGCUGGAGUAUGGGGCUGGUAAAACCAAAGGAUAAGUAUUAAAACAUUAUGUCUGACUUACUUGUGAGUGGUAUAUCUUUUUUCAAAGAUUAACCUUCAGAAUUCAUGUCAAAGCAAUAAAAUUUCAAACCAAGGAAAUUCAGUUUUCCAGCAAUUAUGUUUUGCAUAGUUUAAAAAUCAUGUAAGCAGUAUUAGUUUCCUAUUUACAGCACACGAUUCUGUACUCUUUUGCUUAUCCUCUUUUAAACAUGUAAUUAUUGUAUAUUGUAACUGCACAUUAAUAUCGUCUAUUGUACAUAGUUUAUUUUAACAAAA